UGACCACCCAUGCAUUCAGUGGACAGGCAUCAAUCAGAUGGUACCUAUCUUGGUUUUCUAUGCAGACGGCAUUGUGACGAAGGACAGCACCUUACGCUUAAUUGGAGAACGCUAUCACUUGGCGUACAAGAUUGUACGCACCGAGAGCAGGCUGGUACGUAGCAUUCUGACGGUGCAUGGCUUCCAUGAGGUCCAUCCCAACAGUAAUGAUUUCAACCUGAUGUGGACAGGUUCUCAUCUUAAACCUUAUGUUUUGCGCUCACUGCUGGAAUUUCAAAAAGUCAAUCACUUCCCCAGAUCCUAUGAAUUGACCAGGAAGGAUCGGCUGUACAAAAAUAUCCAACGCAUGCAGCAAACGUUUGGUUUCAAGCAUUUCAACAUUGUACCUCAGGCAUACAUCCUCCCUGCUGAGUACCAGGAAUUGUGGA